CUAGAUUUUCUUAGGAGUAGGAGCAAUACAUGAGAUAAACCCCAGUAUUUUCUGAGGCCCAUUGCUUUUUGUACUUUCAAAGGAUCAUAUUUUCUUUUUCAGUGGUAUUUUUAGCCUGUAGUCUUACACAGUUUUGGUCUUGUAGAAAUUCAGAAAGGUUUAUUAAAAUACCAGUUAGAAUCAUGUGGUAAAUGGCUGACAAAACAAUGGGUCAUGAAACAAUUUUUGCAAAGAGUAACUCAAAUAUUUAGUAUGUUAAAUAGCUGAAUGCAGCUGAUCAAUAAAAGAGUGGAUCUGAGGGAUGAAAGCCUGAAUUUCAGUUAUUGAGCUUUCCUUCAAGCACAGAAAUUAGUUCUGGUUUGUAUGCCAAUUUAACUUUUUCUUAACUUCUCUGUGUAAAAACAGUAGCGUCAUUUGGUAGUGAUGUACUUCUAACUAUACACAGAAAGUUAUACUUGAAUGUUCAUCACUUCAAAUUAGAUCCUUUAAUUUGCAACAAUCAACAUGGAAAAGACAAGAUUUAAUUUUUUUGUGUGACUGAAAACAUUUAUAAAACAGCACUACUUUGUGUACUGCCAUAAAUUAUAUUUUAGAUGAUUAGAGAAUUGUGUGCAAAAGAAUGGGACUUUACAGCAGAAACUUAAUGAAACUUUAUUUUGGUUAAUUAUAUUUCAGAGGAUGGAUAAAAUAUAAUUUGCUGGAAAGGAAUGAGAAAAAAAAACAGUGGAUGACAACUCUACAAUAAGUCCAUUAUAGUAUCUAAAUAUUAAAAGUUAUUAUACAGAAGUGGAACGUGUGGGUGCAGACUGACAAGGAAAAAAAGACAUAUUUAAAUCUGUCAUAUAGAGAUAGUACUAAUGGAACUCUACGACUAUUGACAAGUUCUUUUUUCUUUUUAGUACAUCUAAAUUUGGCUCACUGCAGAAAAUUCACAGACAAAGGUUUACCAUACCUGGACUCUUGAAAAGGCUGUCACAAGAUCAUCUGUUUGGAAAUUCCAGGUUGCAUUCAGGUUUGUACUGAUGUCUUCAGAAAUACUGCCAAUGCCUGCAAUUGGAUUCAAGAUCCAAUCAGCAAAAUGUUAACUCUUACAGACAGAUGUAUUUAAGCUCUGGUUGAAAAGGUAAUGUCUGUUGUCUUUCUUGACUCUCCAAAACUUUCUGACACAACUUUUAAAGUCCUUGAAGAAUGUAAACUUUUGAAAGUCAGCAAUGAAGGGAAUAACCAAAAUACUGAUUAAAGUUUCAAGCUGAUGAGUAAAUGCUGCCUAUGCAUCAGACACAUUCAUAUGGCUGAUUGCCAGAAGAUAACAGAAGCUGGUGUUAAGAUGAUUUCACCAUUGAAGCAUAUUCUUGUACUGAAUAUGGCAGACUGCACAAGUUUAAGUGUAAGGCCAUUUGUACACGGUUCUUCAGGAGCUAAGCUAAGAGAGUUGAGUGUUAGCUCCAACAGAGGCACUGCUCUCCAUUGUGGUCUAGAAAACAAUGCCAAUGAAAGAAUUACUAAUGAGGGCUUGAGAGCCCUUGGCUGCCAUGGAAAAAUAUUGGAACUUUCUACAUCACAAUGCAAAGAUUUCAGUGACAAUGGGAUUCAGAUUGUAAUUGAGUUCUGCAAGGGCACAGAAUACCUGGAACACUGCCAUGUCUCUUACUGCCCUCAGCUGACAGAUGAAGCUGUGAAAACAAUGGCAUUUCACUGUCACAGACUGACAUCUGUCAACAUAGGAGGUUGCCCAAAGAUGAUUGAUACAUGUAUCCAAUACUUUGCUGCAGCCUGCCAUUAUCUCCCCUUCUUGGACAUCUCAGGUUGUAUUUAUCUUACUGACAACCUGAAAUAUUUUGGGAAAGGCUGUGAGCAACUCCAGAUUCUCACAACACUUUACUGUAGCCUUCCUACAGAACAAGCUGUCUUGAAAUACACAGCUGAACUGGAGAAAGAGGAACAUAAUGAUGCUGACCGUCCUUCCUGGCUUGGACAUGACUGGGAUGGUAACAUAACCACCUUCACCAAAAAACACAGAUCAGAGCCUGAAAAAAUGAAUUCUUCAAAAUGA